GGCGGGCGGCGGCGCCGCGGCCGGGGUUCGGCCAUGGGGCGCGGGACGAGGCUGCCGCUGCUGCUGGUCGUGCUGCCGGUGGUGCUGCUGGGCGCUGCAGGCCUGGGCAGCGCAACCAGUGCAAGCAGCCCAUGCGAGAAGGCCUGCAAUCCCCGGCUUGGCAACCUGGCGCACGGGCGGACGCUGAGAACGGAGACGGCCUGUGGGAGCCAUGCUGCCGAGCCUUUCUGCGCCUACACCGAGGAUGCCACGCUCCGCUGCAAGCCCCCCACCUGCAGCCAUUGCAGUGGGGCCCACGCAGGGCUGGCACACCCCCCCGCUGCCAUGGCCGACUCCCCUUUCCGCCAGCCCCGCACCUGGUGGCAGGCGGCUGGGGACGCCCCUCAGGAGACCAUCCAGCUGGACCUGGAAGCCACCUUCUACUUCACGCAUCUGAUCCUGGUCUUCAAAUCACCCCGGCCGGCGGCCAUGGUGCUGGAGCGCUCACGGGACUUUGGCAAGACCUGGCAGGCCUACAAGUACUUUGCCACCAACUGCUCGACGGCCUUCGGGCUGGAGGACGACAUGGUGAGAAGGGGAGCCCCAUGCACGUCCAGAUACUCCAGCCCCUUCCCCUGCACUGGAGGAGAGGUGAUAUACCGAGCCCUCUCGCCACCGCAUGCUGCCGAGGACCCAUACAGCGCGGAGGCCCAGGCGCAGCUGAAGGUGACCAACCUACGCGUGCGGCUGCUGGAGCGGCAGAGCUGCCCCUGCUACCCGCUGGAACCGCCUGCCCCACCAGCCCCACACUACGCUGUCUACGACUUCAUUGUGAAGGGCAGCUGCUUCUGCAAUGGCCACGCCGACCACUGUGUUCCUGUCAGAGGGUUUCGGCCUGUCAGGGCAGCUGGUGCUUUCCAUGUGGUUCAUGGGAAGUGCAUGUGCAAGCACAACACUGCAGGACCUCACUGCCAGCACUGUGCCCCGCUCUACAACGACCGCCCUUGGCAGGCUGCUGAUGGCAAAACUGGAGCCCCCCGAGAGUGUCAGUCGUGCAAGUGUAAUGGGCAUGCCGACACCUGUCACUUUGACAUGGAUGCGUGGCUGGCGUCGGGCAACCGCAGUGGUGGUGUCUGCGACAACUGUCAGCACAACACAGAGGGACAGCACUGCCAGCGCUGCAAGCCAGGCUUCUACCGAGACCUGCGAAAGCCCUUCUCUGCCCCAGAUGCUUGCAAACCCUGCUCCUGCCACCCACUGGGAUCGGCCGCGCUCCCCCUGGGCCCCCGCACCUUCUGUGACCCCAGCACCGGUGACUGCCCCUGCAAGCCUGGUGUGGCAGGGCCACGCUGUGACCGCUGCCUGCCCGGAUACUGGGGCUUUGGUGCUGGCGGCUGCCAGCCCUGCAACUGUGCCCGGAGCUGCCACCCUCUCACUGGCGAUUGCCACAGCAGCAGCAGCAGCAGCAGCAGUGCAGAUGCGAGCUGGCAGCAAGAAGUGCUGCCCUUCCAGCCAGCACUCAACGAGAGCAAGCCCGCCUGGGGAUGGGAGGAUGAGCAGGGCUUCUCGGCUCUGAGGCACUCCGGUAAAUGUGAGUGUAAAGAGCAAGUUUUGGGCAACUCCAAGGUCUUCUGUGGGAUGAAGUAUACCUAUGUGAUAAAGACAAAGAUCUUGUCAGCUCAUGACAAGGGCUCCCAUGCAGAGGUCAAUGUGAAGAUCAAGAAAGUCUUGAAGUCUACAAAGCUGAAGAUCCUGCGGGGUAAGAGAACGCUCUACCCUGAGUCCUGGACUAACAGAGGCUGCACCUGUCCAAUCCUCAAUCCUGGCUUGGAGUACCUGGUGGCAGGACACGAGGAUGUCCGGACAGGCAGGCUCAUCGUCAACAUGAAAAGCUUUGUCCACCAGUGGAAGUCGGCUCUUGGGAGAAAGGUCCUGGAGAUGUUAAAAAGAGACUGCAACUAGAUACAUGUGGCCAACUAGGGCAUUUCUUCAUGCGCAGAAUGCAAGAGCCUUCACAGAGGGAAGGCCUCAAGGAUGAAAACUGGAACAUAAGAAAAUAGCGCCAGAGCGUGUAGCGAGGCAAUGCGAUUUGUAGGCGCUGACUGAUUUAACCUUUCCUGGCCAAUGCCCAUUCACUCGCCUGUAGCUUCCUUGCAAGGCACUCCCUGAGCCCAGGUUUUGUUGCGUUGAGGGGAAGAGAAGGAAGGGCGACUCUUGGUUUGGCUCCAGAUGAGAGGUGAUGAGCCACUGCCAGUGCCACCAGGAUGGAUCUGGGGUCACUUCCAGGGGCUCCAAAAAGAUGCUGCAGAGCAGCAGGAACACGUGGCUGAGAGUGGGGUGCUGCUGCCCUUCACCUCACCAUGCUGUCAGAGGUUUUGGGGCUCAGCUCCCUGCCUGUGCUUUUGAGGGUGGACCUGCUGGGUGAUGUGAAUUCCUCUGCCCUCAUGCACGUGUGGUGGCUGCCGGUUCUCUGCCACCUCGGCAGAGAAGAGCUGGCUCCGUGGGACGCAGUGUCUCUGAGCUUUUGUCCUUGAAGUGUUAAAAUAUGAACCCAGCCUCCUGUAAAUAUUUCAUUGUAUAAAGCACUUUACUACCUGCCACUUCAUGGUGUGGAAGGCCAGACUGUGUUUGGGAAAGAAGAGGUUGAAAACCUUCCUGAAACAGAAGCACUCCUGAAGACGCACGGCAUAAAGGGAAGGACCAGCCUGGCAUGGCCACUCGGAGCAUCCCGGGGUGCAGUCUGAGGGAUAGAAAGCAUUUGCACUGAAGUCCCAGCUUCAGACCAGCGCUUGGGCUCCGUGGGCAGGACUUGGCAGUCAGUACAAAAAGAAGAGACUUUGGAAUGGAAAUGAAAUUGCCAGCGUAGGAAACUGCCCACAGGAGGAGUGGAUCUGAAGAAUGGAAAGGACUGCCGUUCACAUAUCCCCACCCAGUGAUUCACGAUGGGCCUGGAGUUUAUUUUAUUUUUAUGUUAGUAUUUAAGACCGAACACUCGAUUCGUUUUCUUCUGUGAUAUUGUUUGCAAUAUGUAUGGCCACUACACUUCCACAUUAACACCCAUAUGGAAUAUAGCACAGUUGACUGCAGUUUUCAGCACUAAAGUAUAUCUUUUCUGUAAAGCGUCUUUGAAGCACACUGCAUAGUAUAUUUUGCUCAUGAGUAUGAGAGGAAAGAAAAGGCAGACAUGCAACAUCAUAAGAACCACAAGCCUACCAAUAUGCUUUACAUAUGUAUUUUUCUUUCAAAGUCCUGUGGACUAAAAAAAAAAAAAAAAAAAAAGAUACUGUUUUGGUAAUUUGUUUUUAUAUCUCAUGUAUGUAAUAAAUAUAUAAUGAUUUCAACAUUCCAGCAAUAUGGUCUUCAUGCCUGCUCUGAAGAGCGUGCUAAGGGUGAGGAGAAGCUGCUGUGGGGAGGUAACAUUCUCCAUAUGAGAAAAAGUCAAACCAUGGAGAUGGCUCACAGAAAUCCAG